AUGUUGUCACCAAUUCCGAAAUUUGAGCUACUAUGUGCUGCUAUGUUAGGCUUCGCACAACUCUGCAUGAAUACUGCAUUUGAUGCAGAAGCCUUCAUUUUGGAGUCUGUUAUUCACUCUGUUCAUGAGAGGGAACCUGAUAGAAUUGACCCCUAUGCGGGGUAUUAUGGCCAAGCAGUAAUUUACGGUUCAUUUCUGACCACUUCUCUGUUUACCCCGUCAUUGUUGAACAUUUGGACUCCGAAAAUUCUCCUCGUAAUAUCAUCAUUUUGUUUCGCCGCAUUUCCAUUCGGAUUUUUGUUCAUCAACUCUUACUAUCACUAUUUUUCAACGGUGGUUUUGGGAGUUGGAAAGGCCUUCUUCAACCUUGGAUGUACAACCUACCUGACAUCCCACUCGACAAGAAGAUCCAUCGAGUCGAAUGUUUCUUUACAAUGGGCAAUUGGGUGUGGUAGCCUGAUACUGGGAGCCAUGAUUUUGGGCGGAAUGACCUGGAUUAGUGAAGAUAGAGGCUUUGAAAAUUUGAAAAACUCAACGGAUAUAGUGGAACAUUCUGGUGGAAGAGUGUUCGAUGACUUUGAAAUUCGUCUCCUCUCCCUUGUCCUCAUCGCCGUGUCAAUUUUAGCAGUGAUUAUUGUGUGCCUACUUCCAUCGGAAGAUGUCGAAAAUUGCAUAGAAAGUUCUAAAAAGGAUGGGAGCGUCAUCAAAACUCUCAAACUAACCUGCUCGACUCUCAUCUCUCCAAAAAUCCUUCAAAUCGUCCCUCUUUGCUUACUAUGCGGCUUCAACGCCUCUUGCUUCAUGUCCAUCAUUCCAACUUCUAUGCACUUCAAUCAAAAUAACUUCAGAAUGACCUACAUUCCAGCGGUAUAUGGCCUUGGUGCAGGGGUUGGCGAGGUUUUGAUGGGAAUGAUUGUUUCCGAGUUGAGCAAAAGAAUUCAAGGAUUUGGAUUGAAGCCGACUAUGGUGAUAGGAUCGGUAAUACUGACGGUUUAUUGUGCUCUGCUCCAUGCUUCAACUCCAAUGGAGGCACCUAUGAGACCAACGUCGGGGGAACCCAUUUGGUUCUAUCAGUCAUAUCCUCUGAUCUUCCUCAUUGCAUUCCUCGCCGGCACCAGUGAUUGUUGCUUCAAUGGAGUCCGAUCAGUGAUCUGCGCCCUGGUGAUGCCCUCCCGACGCGCCCAGUCAUUCUCCGUCUCGAGAAUGUACCAGGCGGCUGCAUGCGUCAUUAUCUUCUUCUUCAGCCCAACUAUUCCACUUUACAUUUACACAUUUGGUCUACCUAUUUUGGCAGUUUGCUCCACAAUCGUGUUUUUCAAAGUGGUAAACUCAACGAAUAAAAUGGAACGGAAAAUGACGACGGAGACGUGGUUGGAGCAGGAACGGAAUAGCUCGGAGAGAGAAAUUAAAGAAAAAUGUUGAUUUUAGCUGAAUAAAAUUUGAACUCCUGUAUCAUAUCAGAAGAUUUUAAUUUCCCGCAAAAAAAUUCCUCAGAGAAGUUGUUUUUUUUUCGCCAAUUUUUUAUCUCAAAAAAAUUAGUAUUUUCAGUCAAAAGUUUUCUCCCAGAAAAAUUUAACCUCCCACCAAAAUAUUUACACAAAACAUUUGAAUUUUCCAACAAAGUUUGAAUUUCCCACAAAAAUUCAUUUAUUAAAAAUUUAUUGUCCCAGUAAGAUUUUUUUCUCAGGAAAUGUGAAUUCCCUGCCAAAAGUUUUCACAGAAAAUUUAUUGUCGUUUCAACUAGCCUACCAGAAUUAUCAAAAUUUUGCGAAUAGAUAUUCCAACUUUAAUUAAUAUAGAAAACAUUUCCUGCUCAAAUUAAUUUCCCUGAUCGUUGUUUGUCAAAUUUGAACCUCCUUUUUAUGUAAACAAAAACAUAAGUAAACAUCCCUCUGUAAACACUUAAACUUAUUG